AUGUCACUCCGUGCUCCAAUUCUUGUUGCGUUCCUAGGGAUUGCUCUGUUUACCAUCUCCUCCCACAUCCUCGUCGCCUGCCAAGAAGAAGAGGUCCCAGCGGCCGUGCCGGCAGAGGAGGCGCCAAAUGACACAGCGGUCAAUGAGAAGACUAGCUCACGACCUGAAGCCGCCCCGUCGGUCUGGGCGAAUGCUCCUGAAUCCCACCGGGACCUAUGGAGGUGGUGUACUUCUCAGCCCUCUCUAAUCGAGGACUUUGAUAUCUUGCUGGACCCCUAUCCCCUACGACCAGGAAGGAACUUCGACCUGCACUUGCGAGGCAACUUGAAAGAAGAGGUUCCGGACUUGCAACUGAGGACUCUGAUUGUCCUCAGUCGUUUCAUUAGGAUCACGCACACCAGAAAUCUCUGUGCGGAGCAAGCUCGCCUCUGCCCUCUAAAACCCGGCUACCAGGAGCUGAAGAUUUCAUAUGCGAUUCCCCCCGUAAUCUCCGGCCCUAUUACCGUAGAUGCCACAAUGAUAUCUGGAUCCAAAGAGAUUGCCUGUGCGCGCAUAGGGCCGCUUCAGAUCAGCUCCUCUGGUUUUGCAUUCUAG